AAAAUUGUCUCCUUUCAUGUGCAGGAAGACCUGGUUGCUAAGCUCAGUAAAGCAGGUGAAAAUCUUGUUGUGAUUGACUUCUAUGCCACAUGGUGUGGGCCAUGCAGAAUGAUUGCUCCCAAAAUUGAGGAAAUGUCCAGGGAAAUUGCCAAUGUGAUUUUCCUGAAAGUGGAUGUGGAUCAGUGUGAAGAAAUUGCUGCAGAGUAUAACAUCUCCUGCAUGCCAACUUUUGUGCUCAUCAAAAAGAAUCAGAAGGUUGAUUCCUUCUCGGGAGCCAAUGAGUCAAAGCUGAAGGAAAUGAUCCAGAAACACAGACACGAGUAAUGGCCUUGCCUGGUCUGGUGAUACACUGUUGCCUUUCCACUUUGCUUUCCACAUUUUCUGGGUGUGCAAGACUUGGCAAGAAUGCACUGGUUUGCUUCAACGCAAUUAUAUUUUCUACUAUGAUCCACUUCUUUUUCUUGAUUUGUUAUAUCCUUGCUCAGAUUUCCAUAGCAGUGCUCCUUAUUGUUAGAUAUAGGUACCUGCUUGAUUUUGUUAAUGUCAUCCUAUGCUUGGAAAUUAGGGUCUGUCUUAUUGAUUUAUUUCAUUUUCAAAGUUUUGUCACUUGAUGGAUACUUGUCAUAUAGUGAAGGUUUAGUCAUGCACAUUUCAAAACCGGUAUGUAAAAGUCAAAACCUGCUAUCUGCAAGUUACUCAUUCUGGUAAUAGUGUGAUAUGUUACUUGAGGAUUAAGGCCUUGUUUGAGCAUCUAUUGAUGAAUCCUUAUGUAAAAACCUACAGCCCAAUAGAAAGGCUGAGAAUGGUCACAUGACUACUUCUUAUCUCAUCAGGUGAGUUUUUCUGAAGGGAAUGAGAAAAUCUAAGUUCAGUGAUUGCAUUUUUAUGGAGGUUGCAGAUUUUGUCUUUUACUUUUUUCAAUUCCUAGCUGCCAAUGGUAUAUCUUGGUGUGAUGUCCAUGUGAUCACUUUCCUAUUGAAAGCUCUAUUGUCACAUCACAAAUAUUUGCAGAAGCCCACUUUCAUGAAUUGAAUUUCUUCUUGCAUCCUG